CAACUCUUUUGGCGCUGACCGGCAGUUAGCCGAAAACAGAUCGUAAAAAAAAUCACAAGGGGAAGGACCGAAUACCAUCAACCAAUCUUCUCUCGCUACAUGUGAGAAACAUGCACCACAGAUUUGCCUUCCACCCAUGCAAAGCUGGAUCGUAAAACUGGCAGGCUGGCAACCGUUGGAAAUUUAGAAUCCAAAGUGAGGAUCCAAGAAUUUUUUAUAUCAACGGCUAAGAUCUGCUCGCACUCUUCCCACGAUUCCCUUAAAUAAUAGUAAUUGCUAUCCCAAGGUCUCCCUUUCUUUCGCCCCUCUUUGGUUCACUUGCCGAAACCAAAGCCAAAAAAAAAAAAAAGAACCCCAAAGCAGAAGCCUCCAAAAAAACCGCCGAAACGCUCGUCUUUGAGGUGCUCCUUACAUUGACAAGCUUCGUGGGUUUGGCUUUGAUCCAACCCACAUUGUCUUGGUUGCCAAGAUGGUUGCACAGGAAUUCACCGUUGAUUUGAAUAAACCCCUUGUCUUCCAGGUUGGUCACCUGGGAGAAGCUUAUCAGGAUUGGGUUCACCAGCCUAUUGUGAGCAAGGAGGGUCCUCGAUUUUUUGAGAGUGAUUUUUGGGAGUUCUUGACCCGCACUGUCUGGUGGGCAAUUCCGACCAUAUGGCUGCCAGUUGUGUGCUGGUGCAUCUCCAUGUCUAUACGUAUGGGGCAUACACUUCCCCAAAUAGCUUUAAUGGUCGGUUUUGGCAUUUUUGUGUGGACAUUUCUGGAAUAUAUUUUGCAUCGUUUCCUUUUCCACAUUGAAACAAAGAGCUAUUGGGGAAACACUAUACACUAUCUUCUUCAUGGCUGCCACCAUAAGCACCCUAUGGAUGGCCUAAGGCUUGUUUUUCCACCUGCUGCAGCUGCUGUACUAUGCAUACCGUUUUGGAACCUGGUUAAGCUUUUAGCCACUCCCUCCACUACUCCUGCUGUGUUUGGAGGUGGUUUGCUGGGGUAUGUUAUGUAUGAUGUUACCCAUUACUACCUACACCAUGGUCAGCCCACUAAACAAAUUCCUAAAAGCCUUAAGAAAUAUCACUUGAACCAUCACUUCAGGAUUCAAAAUAAGGGCUUUGGGAUCACUUCAGCGUUUUGGGACAGAGUUUUUGGAACCUUUCCUCAAAGGAUAGCAGCUGAGAAGACUAGAUAAUAUAAUUGGCAAGCAUAAUAGAAAACAUUGUUUGGUUAAAACCUGUGAGGUCCAGGUUGAGGGUUUAAACAAAUUUUUUGCUUGUGGUUCUAUUUAUUUUGUAGUAUGUUGCUACAGAUGAAGUGUCUUGUGGGGUUAGCAUCUCAUCUCUUGGAUGUUCUCCUAUCUAUACGUUGAGUUGUUUGUGUAAAUAAAUGAAUGGUGUAGUGUUCCCAUUAUUUUCAGCUCCACAAAACAGAAGUUCUUUCUUUCUCACUUUGAAUUUCCAAAUUAUUUUGUAGGAUGUCUAACUGUAAGUAGUAAUCUGUUAAAUGUCUAUUGUAUUGUUAAAAAUCAUUACCAUAUUCCAUUUCAUAUAGGCUACCCAUCUCUGGAAAAUGAUUUAACACGAGGUUUCUGUUCUUUUUUGGUUAUAUUCAUGAUUGACCAACAGAGGGAGGAAUGAUUUGGUGGAACAGAUUUUACUAAUGGAGUGGCCAUUCUAAUUAAAAUAAUGAGGUAAGAUUGGCACUCUUAAGGAAUUAGCUCCAAGAAAAUUUUUUAUUAGGCUUUAGAAUGAAAAGGCUCUGUAAGGUUUAAUACUAUUGUCAUGUCUUUAUCCAAUUA